GCUAUGAGUACAUGAAGAAUUUAAAUAUUAAUAAAAAUAAAGAAAAAAUUCCAAACAAAGAUAUAUCAAUAGACAAUAAUAUCGUUGAAUUUCCGAACGAAUAUGAAAAGGCGGCAAAACAAGAUGGCGGUUAUCAAUCAGCUGUUAACUCUUUGACAUAUUUCGAACAGAUACAAAAUAAAAAAGAAAAAUUCCAUGUUGAUAAUUUUGAAUUUGCUAUAAAACAAGUUUUCGAAAAUAGAACGUGCGAUUGGUUUAAAAGUAAACAGCCAUAUAUUUUAAUUAAAAAAAUAAUAAGAAAAUGCAAUAGAGAACACAGGAGGAAAGGCUAUGGCGAAGAUUUUUUACGAACUUUAACAAGGACUAUGAAUAGAUUUUCAAAGGUUUCUUUUGAAUUUACAGAGGACAUGGUUGAGUUAGUGCUAGAGAGGGUAUUCGGAAAAAACGUAGACCUACGAGAUAACAUAUUCGACGUUGACAAAUUACUACGUUAUUUACGUAACGCGAUGGCACAUCACGAUAAACAUGAAAAUAGAGACUCGAUAAUUGUUCUUAAACCUAGACACUGUUUAUCUGUGUCUGUGCCUGGAUGUUUUUGUAGACCAGGAUUCGUGGAAAGUUCCGGUCAAUGUGUUAAACCUGCUGAUUGUAUCACGGAGUCGUCUAACGAUAUUUACUUGACAAGAAUCAUUGUUCAUUGAUUGAAGAAUAUUCUAGAAGCUUGGUAUUGACAUUGUGGGUAGACAGAAUUUAUAAAGUGUAUCUUUUGUUUUAUUUCAUCUUAAGUUAAGAAUUAAGAGAUAUUUGAUUCAGACAUAUUAUUUCUGUUUUUUAUAGAGUGAGAGAUGGCAUGUGUCUGGGGAACAUUAGAUAUAUUACAUCAUCAUCAUCAGCUCACUAUACGA